CAAGCAACCACACAACCUUAAGAAAACUCCAACUUUAAGAGUUAGUUUAGUUUGGCCACCACCAUGUUUGCACUGGUGGAUUAUGAUUAACUAGGUGACGGCUGUGACGGUGGGGGAAGUUCAUGCUGAGGACAAUGUUUUUACCACAACGGUUGCCACUUCAGGAAGUCUCCCUGAACACGUGCUGAGUGGGAGGACAACCUUGCAGCUGGGUGAUGGUCUCAGAACCCAGAAGGCCACCCUGAUCGUGGUUCACACUGACGGCAGCAUCGUGGAGGCUACUGGUCUCAAGUCUGCUGCUGCAAUGGUAUCAGGCCCACAGACCCCUCCCACCCCACUGACUCCGCCCCAGGACAAAGACUCGUGCUCCAAGUACAACUGGGACCCCUCGGUGUACAACAGCGAGCUGCCGGUCCGCUGCAGGAACACCAGCGGAGUCCUUUACAAGACCCGACUGGGAUCAGGGGGUAAAGGUCGCUGCAUCAGACACAACCAGCAGUGGUUCACGCCCACUGAGUUUGAAGGUCUGGCGGGAAGAGCGAGCAGCAAAGACUGGAAGAGGAGCAUCCGAUACGCCGGCAGACCUCUGCUCUGCCUCAUACAAGAGCGUAUCCUGAACCCCCACGCUGCUUCCUGUACGUGUGCAGCCUGCUGUGAUGACCUGACAGGGUGUCCAAAGGACGGAGAGACUCUGAUCCCAGAAAACAUCAGUAUGACCGGUCCGGUCCGCCUCUUCGUCCCGUACAAGAGACGGAAGAAGGACAAUGAGCCUCUCGUCUCCUCCCCGAAAAAAGAACUUCCUGCCACCAAAAACAUCAUGCUGACCCCAGGGACCACAUUCACGGUGUCCCCGUCAGGACAGUUCACCACCUCCGGCACCUUGACCUUUGACCGCACGCCAGCGAGCGACGCCACCGCAGCCGCCGCAGCUGCUGCCGCCAUCAUCUCAGAGGGCUCAGCGCAGAGCGAGGUGUUCGCCAGCACAGCAGUGCUGACAGCGUUGCCGGCGCUGGCCGUGACCCCUCAGCCAAUUCAGGCCAAGAUGGCGGUGACGAUGGCGGCUGCGUCUCCCACGGCGGGGCUGGUGAGCGGGCUGGAGGUGGGGCCUGUAUGCGGGCUGGGCCCGGUGGUCAGCGAGGGGCAGAAGGACACCUGGCUGUACCUGGAGGAGAUGGCCAACACGCUGAUGAGCAACGUGCAGCAGCUGAAGGCGUUGAUCGAACAGGCUAAACACGCUGCAGGGGACACCGCAGGGGUCAAAGGUCUGGGAGGCAGGAAGGAGUGUGGUCUUACUCAUUCGUUUCAGAACCAAAUCACAUUUCAGCAGCCGGACGACUCGGACGCCAAGAGGAGCUCUGACAUCACCGAGAUCAUUAUCAACCGCCACCCUGCACAGCAGCGGCCUGCUAGCUUGCCUGCGAAAGCCGCCUCGGCCUCGUCUGGGUUCGGCGGGGACUCGGCUUCCAUGUCGAUGUUUCCCGGUUCCGCCAUCACGGCGAUCGUGGUGACUUCGGCCUCCGAUUCGGUAUCCGAGUCCACUUCCUCCACCGGCGGCAUGCCGAUGGGCGGUUCAUCCAGCCCGAGCGCCUUCGUGGCCGAGUCCGCUUCGUCCAUUCCUCCGCCGAACGACAAGAGCCGAAUGUGA